AUGUCCUUCCACCUUCAUCCCGGCCCUGCUCCAGUCACCACUGGACAGCCCUCCUCAUACAACUCCAGAGUAGCCAAUCAUGCCGAAAUCGCAGCAAGCCUUUGGGGCCACUUUCAUACAGACCUGUCUACGAUUUACCCCUCAACCCCAUCAGCUCCAAUCCAUUUGCCUUCCCACUCUUAUGAAAGGUCCACCAUCUCACACCUCCCAGCCAAUGGCCUCUCGGACUCAUUUGGCUCACUUGAUUUUCCAUCAAACGUGCCCAGUCUCUGGGGUUAUCAGACCCUCUUGGGUUUCACACCUGGAUCAUUGAGUCAACUCAACCCUUAUUCCGGGUCUACUUACGUUCAAGUCGCCUCAUCCUCUCCCUCCCAAGCCACCACACCCUAUGCUGAGGUGGACCAAUCUUACGACGAGCGCUUUCCUCCCACAUCAACCUUGGCUUCAGCCAUUCACCCCGAAACCUCCACACCCAGCCAACCGAUUCCUUAUUAUCAUGUUCCUAGCCCAAGCCUUCUUAACCAAAACAUCGGCUACCCGGCUUUCGACCAAAGUAACCGCAACUCACCAGCUUUCAAGAUGUUCAAGUGUACACUUGACCCCAGCUGUGAGAUGGAAUUUACGCGUGCAGAGCAUCUUGCAAGGCAUGAAAGGCAGCACAAGGUGUCUGUCCAUAAGGAAGAUGCUCAACAGAACACGUUGACUGAAGAGCGCCUCGUCCAAGUGCACAAGAAUAUGCAGCGCCAGAAUAAUAUCCGCAAGGCGGCUACCAUGGCCGCUCAAAGACAAGAUCGUUUGGAACGGUGUCCUUCGAUGACCGAGUCCUCCGAAUCUACUUAUUCGCCUGCCCCCAGCUCCUUCUCGGGUUCUAGCCUGCGCCGUCCCUCCAGCACAGGCUAUCGCUAUCAAUCACAACCGAGCCCCAUUCCCACUAAAACCCCGGACAAGGCCCUAUGGACCCAGUUCGGAACCCCUCCAUUCAGAACUCAUCAAGGCCUUGUUCCCAACUCUUCAGCCCCGUUGGAAAUCAAUGGAAAUGCCAAUGUUCAUCAGCUGAUCUCCCCUGAUUUGCGCACUGAUUAUGGAACACCUCUCGAAACGGUACAACGCGACGCCAACGCCGACAGUAGUGAUGAGUUCCAUCGCCUCUCUGCCCAAUGCCCGCCCCGCUUGAUCAACUACAAUCAAAUCUCAAGGGCACCUCUCUCCUCUCUUUGGUCGACAUCCCAGCAGUCCUCAUCAAUUCCUUCCAAUUUUGCUCACUCGUCAUCUUCUGAUGAGGGUGCGAAUGCUCCCAAUGAGAUGAUCGCACAAAAAGUGACCCGACCGACAGACCACGGGACGGGGCUUCUCUUCAAAAUGAAUGAUGGAGUUCUAUCGCAUCAUUUACAAUUCCUCUCUACGUUGACCCACGAGCAAAGCGCGAUUGUGACGGCGCGCAAGUUCACAGGAAGUCCUACGGCACAUGGAGGACAGGGAUUUGUCGAAAAUCAACGGGCUUACUCCGGCUAUCUCGUAGUCGGUCAAAACACGCCGGACUUCGGGGCUUCCCCCUCCCGCAAACGUGCCCUGGCUACUGAUGACGGUCUCGAGCUCGGCUCGAUUGGCCACGAAAACGAGCAAACCUCGGCGAAAAAGAUGAGAAUAUGA